AUGAAUUACCACAAAGAGUUCCCCAUUAUCGACAUCUCCAAGUUCGAAACGGACUUCGAACACUUGUCCGAAGCGAUAUACCACGCCAGUAAAGAGUGGGGUUUCUUCAUCCUCUCUGGUCAUGACAUCAAGACUGUUGACGAGAUCUUUGACCUGUCGAAGAAAUUCUUCGAUCUGCCUCUCGAGGUCAAGGCAGAAAAAACAGUAAAUGACAAGGCUGUGGGAUACGAUGGAAAGGCUAAGACAACGUUUGCCGCUUCCGAGGGCAUGACCUUUGGUUGCACUCCAGGUGCCAUUCUGGAGACCGAUCACUUACCCAUCUGGUGGGACUUACCAAAGCGCACAGCCAUCGAAGCCUUCAAGGCCGAUUGCUACAAGCUAAGCAUUGAUAUCAUGUCCUGUUUCGCGAUACAGCUUGGUCUACCUCGUGACUAUUUUCAGAAGUCUCACGACCACAAAGAUCCAGGAAACAACUUGAAAUUGAUCAAAUAUCCAAAGAUGAAGAUGAGCGAGGGACAGACCGUACCUCGUCUAUCAGAGCACACGGACUGGGGCAGCAUCACGUUCGUAUUCACGAAUCAAGGCGGUCUUGAGAUCCGCGAUCCGAACAACGAAUGGUGUGAAGUACCCAUAGUCCCUGGCGGCAUCGUGGUCAACAUUGGAGAUGCUUUAUCGCUAUGGACCGACCAGGCUCUCAAAUCUACCAUGCAUCGGAUCACUUGGCAGAACCUGCCUGUAGAUAAGGAUCGAUACAGUAUCGCAUAUUUUACCAACCCCAACUUCGAUGCCACAUUGUCAACUCCUGGUUGCACUGUAUCGGACAGUGCAUCGGACAUCAUCACCUACAGGGAGUAUUAUAAGGUUCGCCAGUGGCUGACUUACGGAGGAUUGGAAGACAAGUUGGGACAACGGGCGUUAGCAGAUAUAGAUCCCAAGGCCAUCGAAGCAGUUCGGAGCUUGAAUGUGGCAAAUUCGGGCUUGCUGCAGUCGCAUAUCCGACCAACCGACACUCCCAUCACUAUAUAA